AUGGUAACAAUAAACUAUGAACCUUUAGAACAUUUACCUCAUAUUGAUGAGAAUAUUAGUCCUGAAGAAAGAUCACACGUUGAACAGUUGAUUCGAUUAGAGUUGGCAAAUCAAUUUAAUAAUAACAUUCAACAUAUCACUCAUAAUGAUGAGAAUAUGGCCAACCCAAAUAUACUAGUAGAACAACAGCAACAACAACAACAACAACAACUGUUAGUGCCGACACACAUGCAUCCAUUAGUUGAUCAACUUUUACCACUAAAUCCAAACAUACAACCAACUUCAAUAAUGCAAUUAACCCAAGAACGUUUUGAAGAAGAAUUUGGUGAUGAUGACGAUGAUGAUGAUGGUGAUGACAAGCAUUUACCCCCAGGUAUUGAUUUAACAAAAUACACACAAUUCAAUAUAACGUCACCUUUAGAUGAAGAAGGUAAUCAAUCUAUACUAGAUGACAAUAAUAAUCAACAAAUAAAUUAUACCAAUUUAUACACCACAUUAGGACAUUCAGCAUUACAGCAUAGAAAUUUAGAGUUAUUAAUACGAAAUCAAACAGAUUUGAAUCAAUUACAACAACAAGAUUUGGCAAGAUUGGAUGAAUUAAAUACUGAAUUGACGAAAAAUAUCAAUAACAAGAGAAGUAUGGUUGAUGAAUUGAAAACCAAUCGUAAAAGACGUCAAUUAAAUGAGUUAAAACCAUUACAAGAAGAAUAUGAAGAACGUUGGAAACAAAGUAUUAAUACAGCUAUAGAAUCAUCCAUUAACUCAAUUAACCAGAAAUAA